AUGGAGCCACUAGCAGUAAAACACGGGUUCUUGAGGAAUGUUCUGGUGCGUCUGUUCUCCUUCGCCGUCCUCGUCUUCGCCGUGCGAUUCGCCAUCAUCGUCACCGUCCACGGUGGAUCCUGCGACUCCGCCGAUUUCUGUUUCUUCUCCGAAAACCUCAACCUUACCACUCCCUCCCACUCUUCCGGCAAGAACUGGCGCCGCUCCGUCGAGUAUUACGCCGCCGUUUUCCAGGAUCUGAUCGCCGAAGGGUUCCUCUCCCCCAAUUCCAGAGCCCUCUGCAUCGACACGCCUUCCGGCGAGGACGUCUUGGCUUUGAAAGAAGUUGGCGUCGUCGAUUCCAUCGGAAUCUCCAAGAAACCGUCGCCGCCGUUGAUCGUCGGAGGAGAAGGCCGCCGGCAACCUUUUCCCGUCGACUCAUUCGACUUCGAGUUCUCCGGAAACGGCGGCCUGGAACAGUCCCCGAGGCUGGCAGUGUUUGCCGCCGAGAUUGGCCGGACGCUAAGACCGGGCGGGUUCGUGGCGGUUCACACGGCGGCGAGAGACACCUACAGCUUCAAUUCUUUCCUUGAAUUGUUCAAUUGCUGUGAAUUGAUCAGGACACGAGAGAUCAACGGUGUUGAGUCAUCUUCAGUUCUUGAGAUUUUGAUGAGGAAGAAAAGGCCUGAAUUUCAAGCCCUAGAUUCAACCGCAAAUGGCAAUUCCGUAAAUAAGUGCAAUGUUCCGGGGCAUAAACGUGAAAUAGUUAAAAAUGCAGAGGCAUUGAUAUUGGAAGAGCCAUUGAAACCUUGGAUUACGUUGAAGAGGAAUGUUAAGAACAUAAAGUACUUAGCGUCUUUGGUUGACAUAAGCUUUAAGAAUAGGUAUGUGUAUGUUGAUGUUGGAGCUAGGAGCUAUGGUUCCAGCAUAGGAAGCUGGUUCAGGAAACAGUAUCCAAAACAGAACAGAACCUUUGAGGUUUAUGCAAUUGAGGCUGAUAAAGCAUUUCAUGAAGAGUAUAGGACAAAGAAAGGGGUCACUUUGUUGCCCUAUGCAGCAUGGGUGAGGAAUGAGACCUUGUUCUUUGAGAUUACCAGAGACCCAAGUAAGAAAGUCAUGAUUAAAGGUAGAGGGAUGGGGAGGAUCAACCCUGUGCAGACAUCUUCUAGCCAUAUGGGUGACAUGGAUAAGAUUCAAGGUUUUGAUUUUGCAGAGUGGCUGAAGAGUGCUGUUUCAAUUAGAGAUUUUGUGGUUGUGAAGAUGGAUGUGGAAGGGACUGAGUUUCAUCUGAUCCCAAGAUUGAUUGAGACUGGGGCUAUGUGUUUGAUUGAUGAACUUUUCCUUGAGUGCCAUUACAAUAGGUGGCAGAGAUGUUGCCCGGGUCAGAGAAGUGCAAAGUAUCAGAAGACCUAUUCUGAAUGCCUGGAUUUGUUUACUUCACUCAGAAGUAAUGGAGUUCUUGUACAUCAAUGGUGGUGA